AUGAAUACAUCUUAUGAAAAAUUAAUUGAAGAUUCUUCAUUGGACGAUUUUGAAAUAUGUUAUCACGAUGAUGAAUUGAAUAAUGAACCUACAACUUCACAACAAAAAAAAAAAAGUGGAAUGACAACACUUUUACUAAGUCUUUGCACAAUUUCAGAAGAACAAGGUUUAGUUGUAAGUGUACCUGUAAAAACAGUUGUAACGACAAUUGUAGUUGCAACUACAGGGAUUAUUGUUGGAGGUAUACCAGGUUUAGCUGUUGGUAUCAUUGCCGGAGCAAUUUUAUCAUCAUACGGUUCAUCGAAAAAGCAACAUCGUUGUAAAACAAUUGAAAAUCAAUCGACGAAUCAAAGUAAAAAUUUAAAACUUCGAGAAAUAUUUAAUAAAAUGACAAUGGACCAGAAAAAAGCAUUAAUCAAAGAAUUAAUUGAUUGUUUCAAACAGAAAAAUAUUAAAAUAUUAAUAACGGAAUUAUUUAAAAGUCAAGAAGUUAGAAAAAUAGCCAUUAACAUAUUAAAAAGUAAUUACUUACCUUUUCAUUCACGAUUUGAAUUAUGUGAUACAGAAAAUGUUAUUAAUGACCUUCCAGACCAUAUAGUUGAAUUUGUACAAUUUAACAUAAGUGCCAUUUUAAAAGGUCACGAAUGCAAACAAUAA